UCAAAAUAUAUUUUUUUAGGUUAUAUAUUUCAAGCUCAGAAAUAUUUUUAUAUAACAUGGUAUAAAUAUCUCUAUAAUGAAUAUUACAAGAUUUGUUAGCAUGUCCUCUGUUAGGCGGAACGUUCUGUUCCAAUCAAAUAAUAGGGUUAAAACGUGUUGCAGUGUAGAAAAAUAUAUAUUCGAACAAAAAGUAUUAACAAAUUUGCAAUUAAGACAUGUGUCCACUUAUGAGGUUAAAAGUGUUCAAAAAGAGGGUCUAAUGAAGAAAGUUCUAAAUAAAAUUCCUUUCUUCGAUUUCAAUAAGCUUAGAGUCUCAGCAACGGCAUACUUGUUGUACGAAGGUAUUGCCGAUCAAAUCAAUUAUGCUGCCAUUUUUGAAGAAUUGGAUUUACCCGAUACCUUUUAUUCUUGGUUUGUUAUAACCGAACUAUACAUUUGGAUGCUCUCUGUUAGAGCUAUGGCAGAAGAAACAGACGGAAGGCACCUUAGAAAUGGACUUGUGGAAGCAUUGUGGUUAGAUGUUGCCCAAAGAGUUAAAAAACUUGGUGUUGGCAGUAGUUCUUUAAUGAAAGAACAAGUAUUUGAAUUGUCGGAACAGUUACAAGCUGCUCUCUUGUCUUACGAUGAGGGUCUUCAAGGAGAUGAUAUUGUUUUAGCGGGUGCUUUAUGGAGAAGAUUUUAUCAGUUAGGAGUCGUAAACCCAGAAAAUUUAGUGACAUUAGUAAAAUAUAUUAGGAAACAGAUUGCUUUACUAGAUAAUAUGUCAAAAGAUCAAAUUCUCACAGAAAAGGCUAUACGAUGGGAACCUUUACAUAAAUAGUGUACCUAGUAAAUAAGUUAAGUAGAAUAUUUAGAAAUAUUUUGUAAAAAAAUAUGUAUAUUAAUUAUUUAAUUGCAAAAUGUAUCAUUUUGCAUAAACACGAUUAAGACACACGUAAUUUAUUGUAAAUAGAAUUUUUUGAAGACAAGGUAGUUUUUUUAUGUCAUAGUGUUACAUGCAUAUUUUUUGAAAGAAAAAAAGUCUAAAUAAUGCAUAAAAUUCAUUUAAUGUGGAAAACCAUAUUAAUGCAAACUUAAUCUUUCUUUUGGUAAUUUCUUCAGUAAAAAUAGGUUCCUAAUUGGCUUUGAAGACAUGCUAUAAGUUUUUUAUUAUCAUGGACAAGAAAAGAAGUGUGAUUUUGCUAUCUAAUAUCAAUACUUUUAGCAAUUAAUCUUAGUCGCUGUAGUUUUUCACUAUUAUCGUAGUAUUCUAAUU